AUGCCGCGCCCUUCCCGAGCCGAAAGAGAUCCCAGCCGGGAUCCUGGGCGCCUGGAGGCCCACUUCCUCCGGCGGGGUCGCAGGGAGACACGGAUCCCCAGCAGCUUCCCCAGCCGCCCUGACAACACGCGGAAAAGACAGCAGCAGCGUACCGCAACGCCGCCCCGGGUCCACCGCUCCAGCAGCCUGGGAGCUCACCUGCGUGGGGUGCAGGGUCACGGCAGCCCGCCUGCGCGCACGCGCGGGCCUCCCAUCCGGGCUGUUAGCAAGGUUGCCCCAUUUCUUAGUCUCUUGGUGACGGCUCAAGGCUUAGUAGGGGCCGUCUACCCGUCAGUGGAUCUUCUGUCCUUUCGAUUGGUUUGGGCACCUCUCACCCACUCGUGGCUGAGAUGGCCAUGUCUCCCUAAGGUGUUGUCUUCGUCGUCCCUCCGGCCCUUCUUCCUGCUCAGCAUCUCACUUUUGACCUAUUUCCUGCUGGAUCUCUGGCAUCCUCGCUUUCUCCCCGACGUUUCAGCUUCAGCCCCCUGAGAGAACCCACACUCUGGACAGGGUGAGGGUGCGGGGUCAGGCGUGCCCAGCGCGCACCUGCUGAGUGUGCCCGAGUUGUGGAGAUACCUGGCUGAGAGCUGGCUCACCUUCCAGAUUCACCUGCAAGAGCUGUUGCAGUACAAGAGGCAGAAUCCAGCUCAGGUAAACUUCAUCCUUUGCUGUGCUCGAGUCUGUUCUGGCUGUGCUGUGCUAGCUGUGUUGGGGACACUAUGUCCCAGGGAUUUAUGAUUUUCCUACAUUGUCUUGCUGAGUAUCCUGCUGUGGGCCCCUGUGGUUUAUCAUGAACUGAUCCAGAUGUACACUCGCCUGGAGCCCUUGCUCAUGCAGUUGGACUACAGCAUGAAGGCAGAAGCCGAUGCCCUGCAUCACAAAAACAUGACAAGAGGACGGCAAGGGAAGAAUUGCCCCCCAGCAGGUGAUGAGCCGCUGGCUGAGACAGAGAGUGAAAGCGAGGCAGAGCUGGCGGGCUUCUCUCCAGUGGUGGAUGUGAAGAAAACAGCACUGGCCUUGGCUAUUACAGACUCAGAACUGUCAGACGAGGAGGCCUCUAUUUUAGAGAUCGGCGGCUUCUCUGUAUCUCGGGCCACCACCCCACAACUGACAGAUGUUUCUGAGGAUUUGGACCAGCAGAGCCUGCCAAGUGAGCCAGAAGAGGCUCUGAGCCGCGAACUGGGGGAGGGGGAAGAGACAGAGCUGGCCCCUCCUGAAGACCUGCUAAAUGCCCCUCCAGCCCUCUCAAAGCAAGCGCUGGAUACAGAAGAGGCUGCAGUCAAGGAAACCUUGCUUCAGCUCUCAUCCCCUCUUCACUUUGUGAAUACGCACUUCAAUGGGGCAGGGUCCCCCCAGGAUGGAGGACCAGGGGAGACGCUGAGCUCAGAGGCAGUGAGUGCUGACAUAAUGGCUCCGCCCAGCGCCCUCUCACCCCCACUCUGGCCUGGCUGGAAGUGGUCCAGUCACCCUCCUCUCCCCCUCUGUGCUCCCAUCCCUUCCCAGGACUCACCUCAACCCCUGGCUGCCCCUGAGGAGGAAGAGGCACUCACCACUGAGGACUUUGAGUUGCUGGAUCAAGGGGAACUGGAGCAACUGAAUGCAGAGCUGGGCUUAGGACCAGAUGCCCCAAAGCCCCCUGAUGUUCUGCCUCCUCCUCCCCUGGGGCCAGACAGCCAUUCUCUGGUACAGUCAGACCAAGAGGCUCAUGCAGCGGUUGAGCCAUGAGCCAUGGCAGAAUGAGCUGCAGGCAUAGUAGGGCUUCCUGACUAGGGAUGUCAUGUUUUCCCCUUUCCCUGCCACUCUGGGGAAAGGCACUAUGUGGAGAAGCUGGCUGUCAGAUGGAAGCCAGCCCAUUCUCUGCCUGCCUGUCUGCCUGUCUG